GUUUUUUCACACACCCGUUUGAGUACUCCUCAUAGCGGCUGUAACAGGGCUCUUUCCCCUUUAAGCACAGCGGGAGGCUGGCCUUGCUCCAGUCGUUUGCUACAAUGGCGGAGUGGAGUGUCUUAUUCGGGAUGACCAAGUUAAUGUUUGUAGUUCAAACACGUUUAAAGACAAUGGCCUGAAAAGCAAGGAAACUAAUUAGACAGCAAGAGGAAGCCCUGGAACCAGGCGUGUGAAAUUUCUCACCACUACCACCACUGACUCGGGAGCGGCGAAGACGAACACACGCUGUCCUCCGAAGCGUGUGCCGACUGCAGACUCACCGUGCAGUCCCCUCCGGACAACCCAGCUGUGGGCAGUUUACAAGCAAACCUGCAGGCGCCAAGCCACGCUAUAGGGACCGGUGGUGCGCGGAGAGCCGAGGACACCCUGGUCGACCCAAGCCCCAACCCCAGGCGACGCUCGGCCAAUUGUGCGCCGAUCCCAGAAUCUCAUCAAGCAGCUUCUCGAAGGAUCCCAGGGUGUCAGCUUCAACAACAUUACUGGAUCCUGACUGUUAAAAACUUCCAGUGUGUGGUUUCCUGCAUCACAGUCUCCAGCACAACAAAAACAGAGAGACAAGUGGCCUGAGGGGAUUUGCUGUAACCACGGAAGUGAAGCUCAGACUGUGUCAGUACUGUACAGGUGGAACUUUAUCAGUCACCCAGGCCGUAUAAAUAAGACUGGGAGAACUCAACAGAGCAACACAUUUCUCCUAAGGACACAGACUCGGGAUUAGCAGAAGAGAUCGCUUUGAAGCAACAGCGUAGAACUCGGAAGAAGAACAGAGAGAGUUUGAAGAUUUGUAUUGUUCUGCUCCAGCGUUUUGAGAUUGCAGAAAGAGCUUAUUCUAAAGCAGUCUUGUUCCACUGCAGCAUUCCAACACAGAAGAAGUCUUUUCUCGAUACAGACUCAAGAAAAAUACAGCAGACCACUAUGGGAAUCCUAUUCAGCUCAAUCUACAAAUCACUCUAUGGCAUGCAGGCCAGGAUCCUCAUGCUAGGGCUUGACGCUGCGGGAAAGACCACUAUCUUGUACAAACUGAAGCUCAAUGAAGCCGUCUCUACCAUCCCCACCAUCGGCUUCAACGUGGAGACUGUGGAACCUAUGAGAGGCGUGUCCUUCACCGUGUGGGAUGUGGGCGGCCAGGGCAAGAUCAGGGCUCUGUGGAAACACUACUACAUGAACGCGGAGGGGCUGCUCUUCGUGGUAGACAGCUCUGACCCUGAGCGCUUUGAUGAAGCCAGAGGAGAGCUGGAGGGGAUCCUGAACCAUGACGAGAUGAGCAAGGUGCCCUUCGUCAUCCUGGCCAACAAGCAGGACCUGCCAGGAGCCCGCAGCCCCACUGACCUUGUGGAGGCGAUGGGACUGAGCAAGCAGAGAGGCCACGAAUGGCAGGUGCAGGGCUGUUGCGCGGUCAACGGGGAAGGGAUCGUGGAGGGCAUACAGAGACUCACUGAGAUGGUCACACGGUUCCAGAAGACAAGAAGAUUUUAACAGGGAUGUUUUCUUUACUACAUGAUAAUAGAAGACUUUCUAAACUCACGUAUGAGGUGUUGCUGGGUGAGAGUGUCUCGUUUAUUUAUUUUAAGUGGAUUCUUUUGCAGUGUGUAACCUGUUUCAUGAUAAUCCUGCUGAAAUGCAAAUAUUCAUGCAAAGCUAUCUGGUCAGAUCUGCAUGCAAUUUGUUUUUCUUUGCUACUGAGAUACACUGCACAAUAGGGUACAGUGCAAAUCAAAGUUGGUCUCUGCUCCUUAAUUUUUAUUUGAUAAACCCAGCACUGUUAGGAAAAAAGGGUUACUGAACUACCUAUAAAUUAAAGAUACUGUUUACAUUGUACAGAAAUAUUGACAACAUGAAUUAAAAUAAAUCUUACUAUGCACUUUUAAUUACAUUACAUUUUUGUGAAUGUGUUUUAAUAUUUUGUGUUUUGAAAAAAAAAAAAAGAUCUAUUUUCUUGUAUAGCAACUUGCUUACUUUUGUACUUAUUGUCAUCAAUAUUCAAAUAAAUUAU